AUGGUCUACGUAAGGAUCCUGUAUUCCGACAGGUUCAAGCAUAUCACUAAAGCUAGUACUAGCUUUUACGUACACGUCGGUACACCACCACAGUAUUUCCACGUUUUACCCUCUUUGAACAGCCAAACAGUAUAUGUACCUAGAACGGGUGACUGUCAGAGCAUACCUGUCACUGACUGUGGCACCUCGCGCGGUGCAGAAGUAUUCGCAUCAGACUCCAGUCCUGGCUUUGAUGUCAAUGCAUCAUCUACAUGGCAGGAGUUGGGCUUGUACGAUCUAGAGCCUGGUACGAAGUUCGAACUUGACGGGACCAGUCUGUAUGGUUAUGAAAAAGCAGGGAUCUCGUUGAUCGGUGGAACGAACGACAACAUCACCUUAGACCAGCAAGCUGUGGGAGCUUACUCGACACCAAGCAGACUUGGGCUAUCCCGACUUUGGCUAGGACGGCUUGGCCUCUCUCAGGUGGCCAUGUCUAAGAACGAGAUGGAACAUCCAGUAUCGUUUCUUCAUGGGCUGAAGGACCAUGGAUACAUCCCCAGUUUGUCGUUUGGCUACCAAGCUGGAGCUGCAUACCGUUAUGAUAGGACCCCAGGCAGCCUUGUACUGGGUGGCUACGAUCAAUCUCGCAGAUCCAACGAGAGCAUUGCAGUAACUUCGGCAACGGAUGUGAUUGUUGGCGUCCAGGGCAUCACUGCAUCUCUACGUGAUGGGACGAUAACUGUACUCAACACGGCAAUUGCUGCUGUCCUCGAUACCGCAGUUCCUGAACUCUGGUUACCGUUUAACGAUUGCGACCAAAUCGCGUCAGUCCUCAACCUCACUUACCACGAGGAUUCGGGACGAUACACCCUGACUACGGCCGCACACAAUGCCCUACAAUCUAUUGAAGGGUCUCUGAAGUUUCGAAUCGGAGCUGGUGUACGUACCAGCCCUGCGAUCAUUAUCGAGAUACCCUACAAGGCAUUCGACCUGGAAGCAUCAUGGCCCAUCUUCAAUACCACAACAAGAUACUUUCCUUUGAGAAAGACAGCAAACAGAACGCAAUAUGCACUUGGCAGAGUGUUCCUUCAAGAGGCUUAUCUAGCUGUGGAUUGA